CCGGUUAUCCGCCAUUGAAAAUGGAAACUUUUCGAUUGGAUAUAAUAAAAGAUUUUAUGCUUUCAAGUGGGGGCAAAGUGAAAAAUCAUGAACUUGUAACUCAGUUUAAACCAUACUUGAACCAUCCAACUGACAAGGCUGAAAAUAGACGCCUCUUCAAGGACUUUGUCAACACAUUGGCAACAAUAAAAGUUGAAGAUGGUGAAAAAAUAUUGGUGCUCAAAAAGAGAUUCCGUGAAGAGGCAGUUCAUACAGGCCCAGACGUACCCGAUUCUGGAGUGGCCCCCGAUGCUGCUUCUUUGCAGUCAAGUUCCAGUCGAGAAGGUUCCGUUGUUUCCAUGGAUUCCGUAAGCUCAUCAGUGGCUCCCCCUAAUGGUGACCAAUCUGGGGGGUCAUCUCAUGAAUCAUCGCUAUCUCCUGAAGAGAGACCAGAAGACAAGAAAGAAAAUUCCCCAUCAGCGAUGAACGUUAAAGAAAGAGCGAAACAUUUGAAUAAGAUUGUAUCUGAGACAGACAUUAGUGUAAAUGCUGUACAAAAUAGGAGAAAGGAUAGAGAUAAGAGCACAGCUGAUGGGGAUGAGGAUGGUCACCCAGGGGUUCCCAUAUCUUUAAAUGCCACAGAGAGAGAAUGGCUGAUCCUCUCCUCCAGUGCUGACUAUCAACCUAUGGCCAAACUACUCAACACCAAUCACCGCCUUGCAAAGAAAAGGGAUUUUACAUCGGGUUAUACUGCACUACAUUGGGCAGCCAAGCAUGGCAAGAUGGAUGUCGUGAAACUAAUCGCUGGGACAAAAGGGAUUUAAAAUAGAUGCAAAAUCGGGGUAUACACCACUUCACUUGGCUGCCCAGCAUGGCCAUGAAAAUAUCAUAGAACUUCUAGUCCAGACUUACCAAGCAGACCCGAACAUACGAGACUACAGUGGGAAGAAAGCGAAGAUGUAUCUGAAGAACUCCGCUUCGUCAAAAGCGCAACUGUCCUUAUUAGGAAUUAACCCAG